ACGGUACGCUCGUGUCCUCUCGCGAGCGACCUGCGAGCGCAGACAGAGUCCUCUCAGCACAGGGAAAUGGAGAGAGAUGAAAUCUGAAAAGGAGCAAAUGACGGCAUCGAAGGACAAAGGGGUCUUGAAGAUCAAGUUGAGGGACAAUUCGGGGGACCAGGACAAUAUUCCCAAGCAGAAAGAAGACAAAAAAGAGGUGUUUACGAAGGUGGUCAUUCGAAGGCUCCCACCUCACCUGACCAAGGAGCAGUUAGAGGAACAUCUGAGCCCGCUUCCUUCCUUUGACUACUUUGAGUUCUUCUCUGCUGAUCCAAGUCUGUACCCACAUUUGUUCUCCAGAGCCUACAUCAACUUUAAAAACCAGGACGAUAUCCUAUUGUUCAGAGAUAGAUUUGAUGGCUAUGUCUUCAUUGACAACAAAGGUCAGGAGUUCCCUGCUGUGGUAGAGUUUGCCCCCUUCCAGAAAGUCUCCAAAAAAAAGCUCAAAAAGAAAGAUGCCAAAGCUGGAAGUAUCGAGGAAGACCCGGAAUAUAAACGCUUCUUGGAGAACUACUCCUGUGAUGAGGAGAAGUCGAUGGCCAACCCUGAGACGCUCCUGGGGGAAAUCGAGGCCAAAACCAAGGAGCUUAUAGCCAAAAGGACAACACCUCUGUUGGAGUACAUCAGAAACAAGAAAAUGGAGAAACAGAGAAUCCGAGAGGAGCGGCGACGGCGAGAGUUCGAGAAGAAGCGACAGCGCGAGGAGGAGAAACGGAAGCGACGUGAGGAGGAGAGGCGCAAACGGAAAGAAGCUGAGAAGCAGAAGAAACUUUCUGAUAAAGACAUCAAAAUUAAGCUGCUGAAGAAGAGCGACAGGGACGAUGAUGUGGAAUCAGACCGCCUGAAGCACAAAAGUGACGCCAAUGAAUUGGAGAGGGGGAAAUGGGAAAAAUCAAGUGGACAGAUGAAGUUCAAGGAUUCCAAGGAAAAUCUCUUCACUAGAGGUCAGCCUGAGAGUGACAAGGAGCAGCAGCAGUGCCGCAGACAGCGAGACAAGGAGCAUCGCGGGAAAGACGAUGACAGGAAGCGUCAGAGGCACCACUACGACUUUGACAAGUUCGCACGGCGCAAAGACGAGACCAAGUGGGGCAAGGGCUAUUGCCAGGACCGUGCCAAGAAGGAGCCCCACCACCACACCUACACGUUCUGCCCUGACAGCGGCGACAAGCAGAUGAAGGAGGACAGGGACGAGCUGGCAAACAGAAAGGAGCGCCUCCGAAACAAGGUGAGCGAGAAGGACCGCCCGGCCAUGCAGCUGUACCAGCCCGGUGUGCGAAAUCGUAAGGGCGUCAACUCGGCCGGCAAAGGCUACGACUGCAUUCCAGUGGGCCACUCUCCCGAGGGCGAGGCGGUGGGCUGCUUCGAGGUGGCUGCCAUGGCGGCGGUGCAGGACAAAGCCUACAACAACAGCAAUGAUGAGCACGGGCACUUGUAAGACAAUGUUCAUGACUCACAAAGGAGGGUUUGGAACCAAUCAACAUCAUAUUUAUUUUGUGACAGUGUACAUUACAUUAAAUUACUUGUGAUACAUUCCACUAUGA